AAGACUCUUUUGGCACCAAAAAAAGGAAAUGCUACUCAAGACGACAACAAACCAUCUGACUUUGAUGAUUAAUGCACCUUCCUCAUGUAAGCCUGAAACUGGAAGACAGUCAAGUAAAGAUCUAAAUACUUUCUUCACGGUACAAAAAUGCCCGAGGGUGACGUUCUCUACUCGGACCUGGUAUUUGUAAAAUCUCGGGGAAAUGGCAGUAAGGAUGCAGCCUUGUCAUCAUCUGAAACAAACUACGCCUUGGUCAAGGAGGCAAAAACGCAGUUAGAGCCACAGCACGGUAAAACGACAGUGAGGGGAAAACUGAGGUCGGAAAAAGUGGCCUUAGUCGCAUUGUGCGUUUUCCUGGUGCUGGCGCUUGUCGCUCUUUGUUACGUCUUUUACCAGAAUGCUCAAAUUAAGAAGAAAAUCCAAAAUCUGAAGGCUGAGCGCGAGGAGUGGAAAGCCAGUCAAUCAGAGACAGCGAAUGGCGUCUGCAGGAGAUGUGACCCAGGUUGGGAGCUUCACGGAGAAAGCUGCUACUGGUUCUCGACCAGUACGUCAACCUGGGAACGGAGCAGACACCAUUGCCGGAUUCUAAGUGGCGACUUGGUGAAGAUCGACAGCCAUGAUGAGCAGAGCUUCGUGGAGAGGAAACUGAGGGACAAAAUGGUCUUCCUGGAGGACAAGUUCUGGAUCGGCCUGACGGACUCCAAGGAGGAAGGUCAAUGGCUGUGGGCGGACGGCUCACCUCUUAAUCUGAGUUUGAAAUUCUGGGGGAGGAACGAGCCUGACAACUGGUCAAGGGGGGGGACGAGCGGUGAGGACUGCGUCCGCAUGGGCGAGAAGGAUGGGGCUCACGACCUCUUGUGCUGGUUCGAUAAAGCCUGUGACGCCCUGCAAAAGAGCAUCUGCGAGAAGACGGCGCAGAGAGGACGGUUGUACUGCAAUUUCCUCUGACCACAAUUUCCCCAUCACAAACUCAAAACUUUGGUCAAAGUUAGCUUAGGUGGCCUACCCGGAAAAACAGGCGAGCCUCUGAAAUCAAUUUCAGUCAACAGCGUUGCACAAAAUAUCAGUUUUCUUGGGAUUGCUGAAAAGGGAUGGAUGGAUUCUUCCGUUUCAAUUCUUAUUCCACCAAUCUAAUAUCAAUCCAGAUGAGCAUUUUUAGACUAGUGAGGAUGAAGCCUUGAUGCAAAACGUCCACUGAAAGACAACAGAGCUAAAAGUAGACAUCCAUCCUUAGAGGCUGAAGUGACUUAUUGAAUGUAAAACUUUUGACUGGAAAUAAAGUGGCAAAAUGUUUAGUUUUUACAU